AUGUCGGUUCUGAGCGAUACUGAACUCAUGGGUGUAAUUGAUGUCUGUCAAAUCUACUCCAAGCUUGAUGGAAUUUCCAUUAACACAAAAGCUCUUCAGGAAACUACGUUCGAGACAACCUCGGGCCCAACUACAGGCAAUGAAAAUUCUACCAGACACCAUGCAAAUCAGGAGUGGGAUAGUGGUUUGUCAAUCCCGACGAAGCCAUACCUUAGCUGCAGCCGAUGCGACGAUGCUUUGAUUCCGGCAACUGAGGACCAGUCAACAAUAAUGUUGGCCGAAGAUGAGUCCUACCAUUUGGCCAUGCACGCUGGACAUACACCACGCCAUUAUCUAUCAUUAGUCCCAGCUAUGACCGCUGCGGAAAGCAAUGGAGGUCGCAUCUGCAGCCGGAAUGGCAUGCCUGCCGUUUUGACGAAUACAUACUGUGGCGCCGGAUCAAAUUGUUGCGUUAAUUGUCAAUUACAGCUUCUGGCUGGGGCUGGACUGGGAGUUUCUACGCUGGCUUGUACUUUGAUGGGCCAUGGGGGUCCAGGUUAUGAUACACCCGUCAGCCGAUCUUCUGUGAUUGAGAACUUGCCCGAACAUGAUGAAAGUUUCUGGGCAGAAGUCAGCCAAAGGCUAGAACAGAUCAGCCAUGCGGAGCAGGCGCUGCCCAAGGUUCUGAAAUUGCUUCCAUAUGAGCCAGCUAAUAUCGGGGCUUAA